CGGGACAUUGUAUGCAAUUCUAUAAUGUAGUGCUACUUUAACUAUUUGCAGACAAACUGUAGCCUAAUCAUAUUAUGUUAAUGGUGAUUAUAGAAUACCUGCUAUGCAAGGCACGCAUCAGUAGGGGGAUAACAACUCCUCCAGCUUGAGUGAGGAGCGACAGAGCAGAAGCAGACAAGGAAUGAGUGCGCUGCUUUCUCAUCGGCUCUAAACUCCCGCGGUUUCGCUUGUUGUAUGCAGGCAAGAGUUCAGUCGCCAGCAGUCUCCUGCGCAAUCAACUAAAAGAAGGGGGGCAACAUGACCAUUGCAAUUGUUGAAAUUUCCGCCUGCAGCUGUUUAUAGCAGUCUGUAAAUUGUAAAGUCUGUGAUUUGGUUCACAGAUUGAUGUUACUCUGAGGCGCCGAAAGCAUCCGAGAGAACCUCUUACUUUCAACUUGCCUUUACAGGGAUCUGUAAUCAUGGUGGUUAUUGUGUUGGUGCACAAGGCGAUGUUCGACUCCAUUGUGUUUUUCAUCGGCGUGGGCAUAGUCGCCAAGCUAGCAGUCGCCCAGAAUGACACGGAACCCAUAGUCCUGGAGGGCAAAUGCCUGGUGGUUUGUGACUCUAAUCCCGCCACAGAUUGGAAAAGCUCUUCUUCUCCACUUGGCAUCUCAGUGCGCGCCGCAAAUUCCAAGGUGGCUUUUUCUGCAGUGAGAAGCAACAACCACGAACCAUCAGAAAUGAGCAACAAAACGAGAAUAAUAUACUUCGACCAAAUCCUUGUCAACAUUGGAAACUAUUUCACUUUAGAAUCUGUGUUUCUGUCCCCACGGAAAGGGAUCUACAGUUUCAACUUCCAUGUUAUUAAAGUGUACCAGAGCCAGACCAUACAGGUGAACUUAAUGUUAAAUGGAAAGCCUGUAAUCUCCGCCUUUGCCGGCGACAAAGACGUGACACGUGAAGCUGCCACUAACGGAGUCCUGCUAUACCUGGACAAAGAGGACAAGGUCUACUUGAAGUUGGAGAAGGGCAAUCUAGUGGGCGGGUGGCAAUACUCCACCUUCUCUGGCUUUCUAGUGUUCCCCCUGUAAAGAAAAGCACAUACACAAAACAAACGCACUCUAUUUAUCCAGUGUGUCAUCAUUGUGUAACCAAUACCUCCCACACUGACUGGAUCCAAAACGGAUACUUGUCCUCAGACUGCUGUGAGAAGAAACAAGCAGACAAUGUCAUCUUAGGCAAAAAGAUAAGGAAAACAAACAAGCAUACCCCUCUUUUGAACAAUACAUCUAAAAACAGAGUUCAUCGCUGCUUUCACUGCUUAUACAGAGCAUUCAAAAGAAGAAAAGAAAUGUGUGAUAUCUAUCUAUCUAUCUAUCCUGGAGCUCUGUGCUUAUAUGUUGUCCGCUUCACUUGUGUGUCUGUGGAGGUGGGAGUUGCUUCUGCAGCAUGUGUGGCGCAGCUUCAAAACAACCAGAGUUUUCUGUCAUCGCAUAUUUAUAGAAAUAUGCCUCACUCGUGAAGACAUAAGAUCCUUCAGGUUUGGUCACUCUUACUAUAUACGUAGGAUUCCACCUGACAUGUAAGAAAGAAGUGGACAGCAAAAUAGCGUAAGUGACAGAACCAAUACAACUAAUUACCAGUUAUAAGAAGUGCACAAAAUGUUUUAGGUAAUUGGUUCUUUUACAUUCGAAUAUACCCACAAAACACCUAUAUAAUAUGCUCUAUGUGUCUGUUUAUGUUAGACUUUGUAGUCGCAUGUCUCCAUUUGUCACCCAGUCAACACAGGCCCCACACACAUGAUCCAACACCAAACACAAUUACUUCAAAUUGGAUCAACUUCGUAAUCUGUUGAGGAUAAUUGAUAUAUUGGGACAUUGGGAUUCUGACCAGACACCUAGAGUUGACAGUAAUGCCACACUAUCUUCAUGACCUCAGUAAUGCACAGCGACACUUAUACAUAUAAUUAGUUGAUAUGGCAGCUGCUAGAGAGUAUUUAGAAGAUAUUUUCUGCGAAGCACACCAUCAGCCUAUAUAUAAUCAAGAGUCCUCCCCCUAUUUUAAUAUUGCUGCCUGCUAUUUCUGUAAUGACGUGUUGGCACCCAGCCAGAGAGCAGUGAUGAAGCUGGAGAAGCUUGAGCUCCAGAGUGGCCAUGGAAGUGAUGCUCACAUGACCACAUGAGCUCAACCAGGCAGAGCUGCCACUGUAGCCACUUGACACUUAACAGUUCUCUGCUAAUAUGAAACUACAAUUUAUGUUAAAAUGAUGUUUAUGGAAGCAUGUUUUCAUGGAAGUUUACCACAGCUACGUUUUGCCAUUACGUUAGUGAAGUCCUUCAUUAAAGUACCGUAUUUUCCGGACU